CACAUAAGCUGCACUUUUGCACUUUUUCUCUCUCUCUCCACACUUCUUCCCCCAAAUCGUCUUAGAUUUGCUAUUUUUCCCUAAUUUUUCCUUAAUUUUUUCUGCUCUUCGCCACAUCGUUCAUUGAGUUCAGCUGCUGCAGAGGUGAUUUGUGUGGAACUGUUUUGAUUUGAGAAGUUGGAUAGUUAGGCCUUUGCUGUUUCGGAAUUACAAGGAGAAGAAGCUAGAUACAUAUCUAUAUUUGUACUGAGAGAGGAUGAAGAGAGGGAAUGAUGGGGAGAAGGUUAUGGGGCCUAUGUUUCCUAGGCUUCAUGUAAAUGAUACUGAGAAGGGAGGGCCACGAGCACCACCGAGGAAUAAGAUGGCCUUGUAUGAGCAACUUAGCAUCCCUUCACAGAGAUUCCGCCAUAACGUGCUGACCCGUAACCCAAGUGAUAACACAGCCAGUUUGGUGUCUCCGCCGAGCCAGGGUGGUCGAAAUGAGAGGGGUAUGUUUUUUGCUCGGCAGCUACAACCUGUACACCCAUCUCAGAUGCAAUACAGCCAGCAUUCUGAAUUAAGCACUCCAUUGGUACAAGUGGAGCAAAGAAAGAAAAUUGACGAAGAUGACUAUGUGGUCCCUGUUUUCAUCCAGCCCGUACCUGCAGCAUAUGAUAAGUAUAGCAAUGACAUAUGCCCGGAGAAGUUUUCACCCUCCAAUCCUCCUUAUUUGCAUACUGCUUUGAAGUUCCAAAAGACCAAAGGAACAGGCAUGUUUGAGCAUAGUGCUGGACAAGAAGAGGGAAGCAAGAAGGGAGACAAUUCAAAUGAGUCUGUGGCUGGCCAGAAGCAAACUGUCUCGUCUAUUAGUCAUGAACCAGGAACUAGAUUAAGGAUUGAUGAUAGUGGACAGCAAGAGCUUUGUGCUGAGUCACAACUUUACAGUGCUAGUCAGAACACUGAUGCUAUGGGUGCUAAUGCGGCAGAGGCAGCAAAAACAAAUUCAUCUGAUUUCGAGGAAGCUUCACUGUUAGGAGAUGAUAAUAUCAUCUGUGAUCUUAGUGAUGACACGGGGUCUCAUGAAGAUGAGUCUUGUAGGCCUCCACAAACUGGGAGCUUGGAGAGGGGUGACAGUCUUUCGGAAUCAUCCAUUUUGGAUACAGAAUCUGCUCUGGAUAUAACACCUGAGGAUGCUGUAGGUAAAUUAGGCCAGAAACAUUUCUGGAAAGCAAGAAGAGCUAUCAUGAAGAUAUUUCUGACUAAUAUCUAUCCUAUUUUCAGUCAGCAAAGAGUUUUUGCAGUUCAAUUAUUUGAGUUGCAUAGAUUGAUAAAGGUUCAGAAAAUGAUUGCUGCAUUGCCAAAUCUUUUGGUCGAGGACUCGGUUAUCUUCGACAAACCUAUAAAACCGAUACUAGGCAAGAAACGGCCUCUGGAUUCUACCAUGAAUGCGGUUUCAAAUGCUUCAGACGAAAAAGGCAACUCAGAUAAUCCAAGUCACAAGAAUGAACGCUCUGCUGAAAACACUCUUGAGAGACCAAAUUCCAGCUGCGGGCCGUCUGCUAACAUCCCUCCAUCACCUCCAGCCAUCACAACCAAUGACCAUAGCAAUGCUCGAACGCCUGCUUUUAAUCAUCCGGAGGGGCACCAGUGGUUGAUUCCUGUGAUGUCUCCUUCAGAAGGACUGGUAUACAAGCCGUAUCCAGCACCUGGAUUUCCUGGCCAAGGCUGUGGGGGCCCCGGCCCUCCUAUGCCAAAUCCGGCAACAACCAACUUCUUAGCUCCGAUAUUUGGAGUCCCCACACCAAUGUCGCAAUACCCGUUUCCUCCAUUCCCUGCAUAUGCACCUCAUGGCUACUUCCCUUAUGGCAUGCCAAUGAUGAGCGCGCCAACCUUCCCUGUUUCAUCCAUGGAGCAAGUGAAUCCCCAUUCUGUGCCCGGUCAUUUCUCGUCCCGGGAAUCUGCCUCCACCAUGCCAACUCAGACUCAGGGAGGACCCGUUCCAAACGGGCUGGACCGACGUGCAGCUGAGGGGCUUGAAGUGCAAGGGAGCAGUUCAAGCAGCCCGAGUGAGAGACGGCCGAGUAGUAAUAAGGUGAAUAGCAGUGUGGGUGGAACAAACAUCCUUCCAGUCCUCCCUAAGUCGUCUCUGGCUAAGCCGACCCCUCGGGUUCGCGCGCCCCGGGUGAUCAAGGUUGUGCCACGCAAUGGUAUAUCGGCUUCUGAAUCUGCUGCAAGAAUUUUCCGGUCCAUUCAAGAAGAAAGAAUGCAGUAUGAUUCAGUGUGAAAUUUGCUUAGCAAAUAGCAAUCUUUUUGUAACUUUAUUUCAUAACGGUUAAUAUCCGCAAAUUGUUGAAAAUAUAUACAUCUGCCUAUGUGUGUGUAUAUAGAAGUAUUAUGCUACUACCAUUUUAUUUGUGCUCUA